AUGGAGACGCCAGAAGACGAUGGAGACGCCAGAAGACGAUGGAGACGCCAGAAGACGAUGGAGACGCCAGAAGACGAUGGAGACGCCAGAAGACGAUGGAGACGCCAGAAGACGAUGGAGACGCCAGAAGACGAUGGAGACGCCAGAAGACGAUGGAGACGCCAGAAGACGAUGGAGACGCCAGAAGACGAUGGAGACGCCAGAAGACGAUGGAGACGCCAGAAGACGAUGGAGACGCCAGAAGACGAUGGAGACGCCAGAAGACGAUGGAGACGCCAGAAGACGAUGGAGACGCCAGAAGACGAUGGAGACGCCAGAAGACGAUGGAGACGCCAGAAGACGAUGGAGACGCCAGAAGACGAUGGAGACGCCAGAAGACGAUGGAGACGCCAGAAGACGAUGGAGACGCCAGAAGACGAUGGAGACGCCAGAAGACGAUGGAGACGCCAGAAGACGAUGGAGACGCCAGAAGACGAUGGAGACGCCAGAAGACGAUGGAGACGCCAGAAGACGAUGGAGACGCCAGAAGACGAUGGAGACGCCAGAAGACGAUGGAGACGCCAGAAGACGAUGGAGACGCCAGAAGACGAUGGAGACGCCAGAAGACGAUGGAGACGCCAGAAGACGAUGGAGACUAUCGUCAGUACUCAGUUCCAGUUAGAGCCUGGAGUUGAAGGUGCCGCGGAGUGUGGACUUGCUAGUCGCUGGGCCAUCAAUCAUGCUCAGCAGCCAGGUCAGUCCUGA